CGCGUGACCCUCCAAGCCUGGCUGCGGGUGCCACGCGUGUUCGGUUGGCCAGAUCGGCACUUGGGUCUGAUACCAAGCGGUUCCCAGGAUGAAGGGAGCCUGGAGCAGGGAAGGAUGAAGCUGAGACACAGAGUAUCAGUUUGUGCCUCUGUCUGCUUUGUCCGGACAGCCUUCUUGAAGGAUAGGUCUCAACUGUGAUCCAGACUCGUUGAGGACCAGGAGACAAAAUGGCAUCCCAGAUGCACACAUCAAUAAGUUCUGGAGAUGAAGGAAAAGAUGCUGUACUCAAAAAGGAAAGACCCUACAAGAUCUUUUUCAAAGAUCUCUUCGUUUUCAAAGAAAAUGAAAUUGCUGCCAGGAAAAGGGAAAGAAUGAAGAACCACAGCAUGAAAAUCUACCAGAAGACAACAUUUUCGUCCCGAAUGAAGAGUCGCUCACACCUUGGCCAGCUAGCUUUUUUCGCUGAUGCAGGCGGCUCCUCCUAUGAACGUCUGGGGCUAGAUCCCACUCUUAUUCUCAGGCUGACAGAAGGUGCAGACAGAAAGAGGACCGUCCACGAGUUUAUUAACGACCAAAGAGACAGAUUUCUACUUGAGUAUACAGUGUCAACCAAGAAAAAGACAAUCAAAAGGUUUGAAAGACUCAUAGCCACUAAAGAAAAUCAACUCAAAAAAGCCGAGAAAAAGCUCCAAGAUGACGCAUUGUCCUUUGAAGAAUUCCUACGAGAAAACGACCAGAGAUCUGUAGAUGCUCUCAAAAUGGCAGCACAAGAAACAAUAAACAAACUCCAAAUGACAUCAGAGCUCAAGAAAGCAAGCAUGGAAGUUCAAUCCAUAAAGAGCGAUAUAGCAAAAACAGAGUUCCUCCUCAAGGAAUACAUGAAAUAUGGAUUCUUCCUGCUGAAGUUGUCCCCAAAACAAUGGCAAAUACAGCAAUCGCAAAAAAGGGCCCAGUCGUCCAAAAGCAACCACAUUCUUCCAAAAAUCUUGGAAAAAUUCUCCAUAAGUACAGCUAAAAGGGAUAACGACAUCGACUCAGACAGGAUGUCGGUUUCAGAAGAACGGAGUUCAAGGCGAGGAAGCCAAGGAGGAAGACACGGGAAACAUACUUUGGGCCAAGACUCCAGGAAGUCAUCUGUGUUCAAUCGUCCUGAAAGCAUGGCCUCCGAGGACAGUUUGGAGUACUUUUUAGAGGACGAGAUCGUGGAGUUUGAUCUGCUGCCGGAGAUUUAUUUCAAGGAGCCGGAGGAGCUGCUGCAGGUCUUCACGGAGCUGGAAGAGCAGAACCUCACCUUGGUUCAGUAUUCCCAAGAUGUGGACGAGAAUCUCGAAGAUGUCAACAAAAGAGAAAAAUUCAUACAGGAUAAGAUAAACAACAACAUCUCCUUCCUGCUGGAGCACAAACAUAUGCUUAGGAUGAACUGUGAACGAGAGGAGGAGAAGGCAGCGGAGCUGGAGCUGAGGUCCAGGCUCUUCAGUUUUGGAGAAUUCAAUUCCGAUGCUCAGGAAAAGCUAAUAGACUCUCUUAGUAAAAAGAUCAAUCAAGUGUAUAGAGUCUGCAUCGGAGAUGCUGAGGUUGGCAGCUUGAAUGCAGUUCAAAAACUGGUCAAAGUAGAGUCUCGCCUGGUGGAGCUGAGCGACCUCAUUGAAUCUAUUCCCAGAGAACAUGUGGAAGCGAUCGAAAGGCUCAAACAGAAGGAGCGACGGCAAAAGCUGCGUGAAGAGAAGAUAAAGGAAAAGCAGAGACACCAGGAGGAGCGGCUAAAAGCUGCUCUGGAAAGAGCAGUGGCACAACCCAAGAAGAAGUUGGGAAGACGACUUAUCUACCGUUCGAAACCUCAAUCUGCUAACAAACACGAGCUCCUUUUAGUCGGUGAUACAAGAUCAAAAUCACAGGACGAAGAGUAUUUUUUUAGUUGAACGGGAUCAUGAGGAUACUUUCUUAGCGAGUUUUAUGUGGAUGUUGGCUUUCAGUGAUGCAAUACUGCCCUAAAAAUUCCAGGGCCACAGCAGACCUUUAGCUGGAAGUUUACAGGACUAGGAACGGCAACUAUUUUCUGCUGUAACUCUUUAUUAUUCACUAGUACAGGCCAUGAGCUAAGCAAUACUCACUUUAGAUUGUCCCUGUUGGAGACAUAUAUCCAAAGUCAAUUUAUUGAUAUAACAGUAGAAUGGCCUUCCUCAAAGCAUGAGAAUUUUAAUAUUUUCAUAAGCAAUAAGGAAGUUUACAGCUUUGAAUAUACAUUUUUAAAAUGUAUUAUUCUUAAAACAACUGGACAGGUUUAAAGCUUAAAGACUACGGUCUCAGAACAAUCAUGCGACUGGCCUUCUUUCACAUUAAGCUCCGAAAACCUUUUCAGAAAACUUUCAAGUGAACAAAACCAUACAUCUUCAGCCUAAAUAUCAAUUUGUAUUGUAUUUUAUCUCCAUAAUUAUUUCAAUUUUCAUGUUUUGACUUAGCUACAAUAUACAUUAUUUAGUCUAUGUCAAUAUAGAAAUAAUGAUUUAUUAAUACAAUAUAUAUUAAUACUAAGAAAAUGUUUAACUUUAUGCACGUUAAAAGUGGUUUGGAAACCUUAAACAACACUGCUGCUUUUAUGAGGUCUCAGUUAAACCGGCGGUGGGAUUACAAAAAAAAAAAAAAAAAAAAAA